CUGAUUACCCCAUGGUAGUCUGGGCACCUGCAGCACUGGUUACAAAGGACCUGAGCCAUCUGGGGCUGGGAAGCUUGUAGACCAGGGCACCCGGCUGGAGACAUUUAGGGGAAGGCCAAUCUCUCAAGCUACCCAGCAUGGCCUGGUUGGGGUCUGCUAUUGUCCCCUCUUGCCAGGCUGACACCCCCAGCCCCAAUGACACUCUGAGCCUGAGGUACCCUCACCAAGAGAAGGAAGGACAAAGGGCCGCCACAAUCCCAGCUGAAUUUCACUGUAUAGCCCUGAACAGUGCAUGUCUCCUAUUUGAGCCCUGGAGUCCCAUCUGUGAAAUGGGCUUCAUGUCCGAUGAUGUCCAAAUGGCAUUUAUGUAGGCUUCUCCUGUUUUUCAAACUGAGAUGCAGAGGGGACGUGAUAUUCCCCAGCAGCUCAGUCCAGUGGGGGAUGGCUGGCUGGCACGGAGCUGGUGAGGCCUCUGGAAAAUCUGUCCUUGUGUGGUGUCUGUGUGAAGGGCUCUGAUGCCCAUCCUUUGGCCUGUAAGACCUUGUGCCACCCAGUUCCUGCUGCUUCCAUGUGGGCAGCCAUGCUGGCCUGGCCCAGCUGGGAGGAAAAGGGGCCAGGCCCUCCCACCCCAUCAUCCGCUCAGCGGGGGAGGGGUAGAGCCACCUGACACACUGCUUCAGAGCUGUCAACCUUGGCCUUUGUCCUCAGCUUUUUUGGGCUUUGGGAUGGGCCCAGGAGAGGUGUUUGCCUUUCAGUAUGUCAGGCUCUGUAGCUGGGUGGGUUGAUCCCAACUUGCUCUUGACCUUGGCUUACCACCGUUCCUCUUGGGGACCAUUCCCUCCCCAAAUGAGUAAGAUUUACCCUGGCAGAACCAAGAGGGACUUUGGAAAGUGGUUUUGGGGUAGACAGCUGGUCCCUGUUGAUGGGGCCGCAGUGGCGUCCGUAUUGCUGCAGAGUGUGGAUCAUGAUGAAGCCAGUGAGCCAGAGAUGAGACGAACUUCAAACUCAGGCAUCAUCGAGAAUGGACACCAGCCAGGUGCAGGUCCAGGCAGUGGCCCCACUGAGGGUGCCCAGACCUCAGUACCGGAUCCCCCCAGGCCUCGCCCUGUGAGCCUCCCCUUGCAGUUGCCUCAUCAGCCAGUCACAGCUGUCACCCGUGUCUCUGAGAAGUUCUCUGGGGAGACCUCAGUUGCAGCUCUGUCACCCACAUCUGCUGCCAUCCUGGGGGGCUUUAGCCCCAGCACCAGGGAAGACACCACCCCCUGGACUCCCAGUACCACUGAGAAUUCUUCCUUCACUCGGUCUUUGUCUAGCUUUGGCUACAGGGGAGUGACAGCAGUCAAGUGCAAGGACAGCCUACCAUUGGUGACGCCACCCCAGUCUCCCCUGUCUCCGAAGCUGCCAUCCACAACUCAGGCUCCUCAUCAAGGGGAGCGUCGCAGGGAGCUGGUGAGGUCACAGACGCUGCCCCGCACCUCAGGGGCACAGGCCCGGAAGGCAUUGUUUGAGAAAUGGGAGCAGGACACAGCGGGCAAGGGCAAAGGUGAGGCUCGGGCCAAGCUGAAGAGAUCACAGAGCUUUGGUGUGGCCAGUGCCAGCAGCAUCAAGCAGAUCCUGCUUGAGUGGUGCCGCAGCAAGACCCUGGGCUACCAGCACGUGGACCUGCAGAACUUCUCCUCCAGCUGGAGCGAUGGGAUGGCUUUCUGUGCCCUGGUGCACUCCUUCUUUCCCGAUGCCUUCGACUACAAUGCCCUGAGCCCCACACAGCGGCAGAAGAACUUCGAGCUGGCCUUCACCAUGGCUGAGAACCUGGCCAACUGCGAGCGCCUUAUUGAAGUGGAGGACAUGAUGGUGAUGGGCCGCAAGCCGGACCCCAUGUGCGUCUUCACCUACGUCCAGUCCCUGUACAACCACCUACGGCACUUUGAGUAAAGCCCAGGGGCCUGGAGAGCCAGAAAGCGCCCCCAGGAAGAGACUGUGGAGCUGCUUGUGUUUCCCAAGUCAGGACAAUACCCGAGAAAAGUUGCCCAUGGUGUGAGCUGGCUGUUUGUCCUCUGGUGGUGACUCUGUGCCCCUCCACGCCCCGCUGUGACAGUACUAUCGCAGCCAGGGACUCAAAGGAAAGGGCAGAGUUCCCAGAGAGACAGAAAUUGGUGCUAAGUAAUGAUCUUCAUAAAGAAUCGCUUGCCUGUGUAGAUUCCAGAAUGCUAAAUUACAGGUUUUCCCCCUGGUAAAUUUGAUACAUUUGCUGGACAGGGUUCCAUUGAUUACCAAGUGUUUUUUUUUUUAAAUCAAAAUAUCCAGAAUUUUUUACUUCCUUAUACUAUUGUAGGUCCCUUUUCUCCCUCCCUCUGGGCCACUGCCAGGAAACAGAGAGCGCUUAAUCAGCUGCCUGACAAAGAAGACUGAAAGCUUGGGAAGAAAUAGUUUAAUCACACCCAAGUCCUGAGCAGCAGAUGACCUUCAAGUCACCUCCACCCUCUGGGGAGAUGGGAAGACUCUUGUCUUUGUCUGAAGGGCUCUUCUUCUUCCCAGGAGGUGCUCUGGAAGGUCACACUCUUGGUAAGGGGCAGGCCUUUGUGCUGAGAGAGUUUUAAAUUCACAUCUUUUUUAGGGGAUUUGCAGGUAUUUAUAAAGUAAUUUCAUCUGUACCAUUACCCCUAUAUUUGUAUAUAAAAAAUG